AUGUCGUCGAAACGCACUGAACCUUUAAUGCCAAGAAAGAAACUAAAGGAGAGUUGCACUCAAUGUGCCUCUGCCAAAGUCCGAUGCUCAAAAGACAAACCACAGUGUACUCGGUGUGAGGACAGGAACUCCGUCUGCUCCUAUGGAAUGUCCCAACGGUCUGGUCGAAGAGCCGGGCCCUCUUAUCAUUGUAGUCCAACGCACUUAAACAAGGCUGGGGCGAGUGGCCAACCCAGACCCGAUAUCGACGGCAAUGUUAAUAUGUUUACGUCCCCCUCGGACUUCUAUCUUGACCGGGGACUUUGGUCUGCUUGUGAAUCUUUAGGCUGGGAUAUGAUGGAUAUCAAGAGUCCCUCUAGUCUCAGUCCUGGAUCACAACUGCUAAGUGAUGAAAGCUUGACGUCGCUGGACCAAUGGAUGGAUAUGGGAUCCGAUCACUGCAGCGCUUUGAGUGUCAACGAUCACAAUAUACAUGAUAUCUCAAUGCCUCAGCACACCUCUAUGCAACAGACAACAUCACCGUCAACCUCAACCUCAACACCAAUGUCAACACCUUUGAACAUAAUUAGCUCUCCAAACAAAGGUUCCGCUUCCUGCUAUGAAACAGCAACACACGUCAUUGGCGCCAUCAAUUCAGCUCCAAAAUCAUGUUCACUGGCAACAAUCACUAGUGAAAUCUCAAGACCUCAGCAAACAAUUGAGCAAGUCAUCGACGCAAACAGAACCAGCAUCGAAUCCGUAACCAUCAUUCUCAAUUGUCCCUGCGCAACCGAUCAAAACCUCCUAUCCCUCAUAACGUCCAUUGUGUUCAAAGUCAUCCAACUAUACCACUCAGCCGCGCAUACCUCUCCCGAACCACACCCACAGAAAAGUCUCAUCGUUGAUACUUUUAUCAGACAGACAGCUCAUCAUGUGCCGCCUGUAAGUGCCGGCACCCCGAUUGAGAACACGCAGCUGGAUACAUGCAGUGACGUGCCGAGGAUGAGAGCGCAACUUAUAUUGGGAGAGAUACAUCGUGUAGUGAGACUGGUGGAGUUACUUUCACAACGUUUUCAAGAGGCCAGGAUGACCAGUAAUAGGGUGGGCAAUGAUGAAGAUGAGGCUGGUGAGGGGAAUUGGAUUUCUGCAAGUGUAUUUGUGCAGUUGGAAGCGGAUCUAAGGCAGCGGUUGAGAGUUGUAGUUAAAGAUACGAUGGCUGUUCUGAGGUAG